CGCUCUUCUCUCUCUCUCUCUCUCUCUCUCUCUCUCUCACACACACACACACACACACACACACGCACACGCACGCACACACGGAGCAUCCUCCCGUCAGGUCUCCCCGUCCAGCCCCGCCCGCGCCUCCUGCUUCCAGCAAACCUUCUUCCUCUCUUCACACCCUCCCCCCCGCCUUCCUUUCCCUUCGGCUCCCGGACCCUCCCCACCGACCCCUAUCCGACCCCCGGGAUGGAGCAGCUGGAGCCAGCCCGGAGUCCCCCGCGGCCGGGGUGACGGUGCCCCCGCCCCUCUCCCGCCCGGCCCCCGCCUCGAGCACCAUGGGCCUGAGGGGUUCCCGGGGCGCCGGACACUGAAGAUGACCGAGGCUGGAGCUCCCUUGAGUCAUGGCUUCUUCAAAACUCCGAGAACCCAUGGAUGAGGUUUUUGACCUGGACUUGGCCGUGCCAGAGACCGCCAGACUGGACAGCAGUUUACACAAGGCCCGGGCCCAGCUGCUGGCCAAGGGCAGGAGACACCGACCAUCCCGCUCCAGGCUUCGGGACAGUGCCAGUUCUGCUGAGGAUGGUGAAGGCUCCGAUGGGCCCGGAGGCAAGGUGACCGACGGCUGCGGGAGCCCCCUGCACCGGCUGCGCUCGCCUUUGCACUCGGGCCCAGGCUCCCCAGCCGGGGGCUCUUUCUGUCUGGAUCCUCCGGGAUUGAGGCGCAGCCAGGACGAGGACGAGCCACCGCCCUCGCCGCUCACACGCUACCGUCCUCUGCAUAACGCUGCCUCCCAUGAGGGCCUGGCCGCAGCCUCGGGGUCGCCGCCGCGCUCCGCCCCCUCUUCCGACAGCUCGCCCUGCUUCCUGCGCCGCCACCUGCGGGCGGAGCCGCACAGCGAAGAUGACAGCCGGGAUGCCAGCCCUCCUGAGCCUGCCAGCCCUACCAUCGGCCUGGAUAAGAAGACUCGCCGAAAGUUCCUGGACCUGGGGGUCACCUUGCGCAGGGCAUCCACAGGCAAGAGCCGGAAAGAGAAGGGCAGCAACCGUUUGUCCAUGGGCAGCAGGGAGUCAGUGGAGGGGUCUGGCAGGUCAGGGGGCUCCCCGUUCCUGCCCUUUUCCUGGUUCACAGACAGCGGCAAGGGCUCAGCGUCCUCAGGCAGCACCACAUCCCCUGCCUGCUCUCCUAAACAUGAGGGCUUCAGCCCUAAGAAGUCAGCUUCCCAGGAAUCCACCCUGAGUGAUGACUCCACGCCCCCAAGCAGCAGCCCCAAGAUCCCGAGUGGGCCUCGGCAGGAGGCCAAAUGUUCUUACCCCUAUCAUACACUGUCCCAGUCUUCGGAUGAGUUCCUGGAUGAACCCCUCCCCACUGUCCACCACUGGACCAGUCAGCAGGUGGGCCAGUGGCUGCACAGCCUCAAUCUGGAGCAGUAUGCUGCGGAGUUUGCCGCGCGGCAGGUGGAUGGACCACAGCUGCUACAGCUGGAUGGAAGCAAACUGAAGAGCCUAGGGCUCAGCAACUCGCAUGACCGGGCGCUAGUGAAGCGGAAGCUGAAGGAGCUGGCAGCAGCUGCCGAAAAGGAACGUAAGGCCCAGGAGAAGGCCGCGAGGCAGCGGGAGAAGCUCCGGCGCCGGGAGCAGGAGGCCCAGAAGAGCUAGGGGACAGAGGGCAAGGCAGGCGCUGGCACCCAGGCAUGGGUAGCCAUGGGCUCAGCGGGCACAGGGCCUCACUAUGGGUGCCACACCUGGGCUGGUCUGGGCCCACACUCACGGGGGACAUGACCUCUCUCACCCCAUCACUCUGUUUGGAUCCAGGGCCCCCAGAAAGAGAGAUCCAGGAAAAGGCCCAGUAAUAAAUCCCAUCUGAGGA